CAGUGGACUUGGGCGUUGUACUCCGCAUCUCAUUUGCGGCGGGGCCAAUUUCUCCAUUUACGAACUCCGCACGGGGGGAAAAAAAAUUAAAAGAAUUCGCGUUUCUUUUUGCAUCUUUCGCCACAUUUUGCAAGUUCUCACACUUCCGUUGGCGGUCACGUCGGUUUCGGGCUGAUUCCUCGGCUUCGGUUUGGAGAAGGAGGUGCCGGCGCUCGACUUGAAUUUUUGGGAGGAAGCUUGCGGUCUUUGUUCAAUCAUUUGAUCGUUUGGGUUCCUUUGUUGCACCAAAAAGCAUGGGAGCACAAAUCUCCAAAACCGCUGGAAAAGAAGAAGCUGCGGUGGAAAAGCCAGCAGAAGGCGCAGCAGUUGCAGCAAAGACAAACGGACAGGAGAACGGUCAUGCCAAGACCAAUGGGGAUGCCUCUCCGGCUGCAGAGGACGCCAACAAAGCUGAUGUUCAGGCCAACGGCAGCACUCCUACCGAGGAGGCGCCAAAAGAAGAAGGCGAGAAAGUAGAGGGAGCCGAGGCCAGUGACGAGAAGGAGGCUGCCGCCACAAAUGGAGAAGCUUCUGCCAAGCCGGAGGAAGGCACUCCAUCCACCAGUGAGGACGGCAAGCAGAAGAAAAAGCGCUUCUCCUUCAAGAAACCGUCCUUCAAGCUCAGUGGCUUCUCUUUUAAGAAGACCAAGAAGGAGUCUGAGGAGGCAGCAGCAGAAGAAGAACAACCAGCCGAAGGUGAGAAAGCACCGGAGGGAUCAGAGGCAGCGCCAGCUGAAGACGCCAAACCAGCUGAGGCAGGCGAGGAAGGAGCCAAGGAAGCAGCAGCUGAGGAGCCAAAGGCAGAGGAGGAGGUGAAGGCACAAGAAGUGGUGGUGCCAGAAGGAGGAGAAGAGAAACCAGCUGAAGCUUCACCUACUGAACCAGAGGCCACGGCCACCACUGAGUAAUCCUGCUGAACGAGAAACCGGAAUGAAGGAGGUGAUGGAGCCCGUAUGAAGGAAUGCGAGGACUUGUCUAAAACCAGGGAUUUUUUUGUUCAUUUUUUUUUGUUUGUUUUUGUUGGUGUUUGUUUACUUUUCCAACCAUCUCAUCCAUACUGACUUGCAACGUCCUUGGCAGUGAUGGAGAGGAGGUGUACUGCAGAGUGUGCUGCCUCCUCACUGCUCAUUGGUGCUUGCAUUUGUGACAUGGGUGAGUGUGAAAGUGCGAAUGUGAGUGUGGAUGUUUUUCUACAUGAAACCAUGACUGUGUUGACCGUUGCUGAAUUUGACAUUUUAUCUAAGUAUUCGGUGCUGGGCAAUUGGAUGUAGCAGCUAAAGCUGUGUCUGCAAGAUUUGACACGUUGUGAUAUUUAAAGGGAAAGUCCGAAACCAAGACUUAAAUGUUGUCUUUGCAGUGCACAGUUGUUUACAACUCUUGAAGCUCAAUGCUCCUGUGGACACAACCAUUCCUGAAUAAACUAGAUUUAGUUAACUGUCGAAACAAUAGGUGCUCAUCACUUCCCAUCUAGACUCCACUAUUUGAAAACUCUGUAGUAAUGCACGUUGUAUAGAAUUUGAUAUUACUGGUUUUAUGACUGAGAUGUACCUAAAUGACUGAAGUUUUUAACAGAUUACCCAUUGUAAAUGAAGUUUUCUUGUUUUUUCACCAUUUGUAAGAUUGAAUAAAAUUGGGAGAUGUUUUAAGCAA